AUGACCACUCUCUCUCAAACUUAUCUAGAUCAUCCUCUUAUUCACCAUCAUCACAUUGUUCCUUUAGACUUCGAUUCAUUACGAACGAUUCCUGAUUCUCACGAUUGGUUCAAUUCCUCUCUCGAAACCCCUUCUUCUUCUUCUCAUCACCAUACUAAUGUAAAUGUUUCAAUCCCUUUGAUUGAUCUAACUGACCCUAACGCAAUUUCGCUAAUCGGCAAUGCAUGCGAGACGUGGGGAGUGUUCCAAUUGAUCAAUCACGACGUGCCCGUAAGUCUAAUUGAGAGAGCUGAAGGCGAAACGAGAAGACUGUUCGAUCUUCCUAUGACACGAAAGCUGAAAGCACUUCGAGCUCCAGGAGACGUCACUGGAUAUGGAUUGCCUCGAAUAACGCCAUUUUUCUCUAAGUAUAUGUGGCAUGAAGGGUUUACUAUUAUGGGGCCUUCCAUUGGUCAUGCCUCACAACUUUGGCCUUCUAACUACCAACCGUUUUGUGAUGUAAUGGAAGAGUAUCAAAGGAAAAUGAAGUCUUUAGCGGAGCAAAUCACACGUUCAAUCUUCAAUUACCUUAAAAUUUCUGAUGGUGCAAACUGGCUCCAUUCAGCUGGAUCAACUGAAGCCGCCGCUUGCAGCACCGCUCUUCAACUUAACUGCUACCCUCGCUGCCCGGACCCGACUCGGGUCAUGGGCUUGGCCCCACACACAGACACAUUUCUAUUAACCAUCCUCCACCAGACCCGCACCUGCGGGCUCCAAGUUUUCAGGGAUGGGUUCGGUUGGGUACCGGUGGCGCCGGUACCAGGUGCACUGGUCCUCAACGUCGGGGACUUGUUUCACAUCCUUUCGAAUGGGCGGUUCCCAAAUGUUCUACACCGAGUCGUUGUUGACCCGACCCGACGUCGAUUGUCUAUGGCUUAUUUCUACGGACCGCCACCGGAUUUCUGUGUAUCGCCGUUGUAUGAUCCACCAGAAUCUCCAUGUUACCGGUCUGUGAUGGUGAAAGAUUAUGUUCGGUUGAAGGCAAAGAAUCUCGAAAAUGCCCUUUCAAUGAUCCGAUUAUGA